AUGUCGGCUACGCACGACUUUCGGGUGGGCGACGUCGUCCUGGCGAAGGUGAAGGGCUACCCAGCGUGGCCAGGUAUAUUGGUGGAUGAUGUGCAUGUCCCUCGUGCUGUGCGGGAAGAAAGGCCCAGCACCAAAACGGUGCCCCACACGGUGCGCUUCUUCCCCGCGGCCGACUACCACUGGUCGUCGGCGCGCGAUCUCAAGCCGCUGACGCCGCAUGAUAUCGAGGCCUUUCUGACGAAUCCCAAGAACAAGUCGGGCGCCCUGCGCGAGGCGUACGAGCUCGCCAAGGACCCGCAUGCAUGGAACGAAAAGCAGAAUGACAUUGUCAAGGAGCACGACGCAUGGGUAGAGGAGCACGGAGAGGAGGAGGAGGAGGACGAAGAGGAAGAGGAGGACGAGGAGGAGGACGAGGAAGACGAAGACGAGGACCGCCAAGAGGCGCCGAAGCGGCGAACGAGCAGGGCCGCGCCGAGGGCGAAGCGCGCUCGCACCGACGAGCCGGCGGAGGAACCGGAGGCAGCAGCUACGACCGCGGCUGUGCGCGAGCAGGAAGAGGAGCUCGAUCCAGCGACGCGCAAGGUCCGCGAGUGGCGUCACAAGCUGCAACGGGCCUUCCUGAGCAAAGCCGGUGUGAUCGUGGCCGAGGAUAUGGACGCGCAGGACGCGACAUUCAAAACGGUCGAGGCGUACCAAGACAUGACCGUCGACCAGCUCAAGGCCACAAAGAUCGGCAAGGUCAUGAAGCGGAUCUACCAGCUCCCCGACAUUCCUCGAGACGACGAGUUUCACUUUCGCGAUCGUGCUGGCGAGCUCAUGAAGCGCUGGAGCGCUCUGAUCGGUAGUCAUGCGCCGUCGGAAGACAAUGACGCCUAA